AUGCCUGACCAACUGAAAACCAAAGUCGUUCUUGCUCACUGUGAAGAUACUUGGUGGUGCAUCAUCUAUGGCAACGACAGCAAGCCUAUCUGGAAGACAGCCAAAGGUUGCGAUACUGCCGAAUUGGCUUUGCGCAAGAUGUUGGUUUCAUCUAGUGAUCUGUUGUUCGAUAAGUUUCACAAGGACGGAUUUGUGCUUGAUGGUCAAGUGGACGGGUCUAGUGGAAAGACAAAGGUUUUCAAAACUCAUAUUUCGAAGCAGCGGUGGGAAGCAAGGAAUGUGGCAGUGACGUUCCCCGAUCAAUUACCUACCGCCUCCUCAGAUUGUUGCAAAACUCGCUCUUGUCCACGAAGCAAAUAUAACACCAUGAGCAGCCAAGAUACCUCCGACAUCGAAGGCAUGCGUGCCCAGAUAUCAGCAAACCUGAAAUUUCUACUCGGGAGCACGACUUUUGAGAUCCUCACCACUUUUUCAGACGAAUCAUACCACGCCAUUGUUCUCGAUGCUGGUCAUGACACCGCGGCCCUCCUGAAUCACGCGGACUACAGCUACUCUUCUGCGACCAAAGCUUUGCAAGCAUUGCUUGAGCGUACGAGCUUUAUGGUUUUGCAGAAACUGCGCGAAGAUGGUAUUGAGAAUGUAACUCCGAAGAAGCUUGUUUCGAAGGCCUUUGGUGCGUUGCCAGAGACAUCCGCGAAGGAACGUGGUGCAUUUUCCUAUAUACCAUCUUCGGGAGCACCCGCGGAUCCCUUUGGUGCUGUUCCUAAGGCAGAUCCGUUUGGGAGCAACUUGACCGGUGACAGUGCGUUCGGAGAUCGGUGUGCUCCACACUCGCAUGCUCAGGUUCGAAAGCACCCUGGUCUGAACAAUACAGUGACCGUGAACUUGAAUGGACUCACAGUCUCUGAUACCAGAGCAUUUGGUCAAGGCUUGUUCGGAUCUUCCCAGACGGAUCCUAAACCAAGAGGACCGUUCUCAGGCUUUUCAAACGAAGCUAAGAGUCAUGUGAACGUCGCGUUCGGUGAUGAGCCAUAUGUUCCAGCUGCGCGCGGCAACAAUGGUCUAUUCAAUCCCCCUACGCAAAGCAACAGUGGUGCGUUCGGGUCCUCCGUAGAAGGCAACGGCGGGAUAUUCGAAGCCUCUAAUCAAAGCAAAGGUGGUCUGUUCGAUCCUUCUGCACCAAGAGACGGUGGUAUGUAUGGGUCCGCUGCACCAAAGGAAGGUGGUAUGUUCGGAUCCUCUUCACAGAACAACAACGACGUUUUCGGAUCCUCUGCGCAAGGCAACACUUCAGAGAGCCUGGAGAGUACAAACACUCCGUUUGGUCGUCCUCUCUUUUAUGGUCAACCCAAACCUACAUUCAGAACUUUUGCAGAUUACACACCUGGAAGGCUUUUCGGAGGCCAGUCUCAUAGCACACCCGCAACUGAUCCAUUUCUGAGCAGUACACCUCCGACUGCGUUUGGGGAUUCUAGGGUUCCAUACGGAUCUUACAGAUACAACCCUGCGACUGGCACUGCCAAAGUCUCUGACAGAAGUGUUCCUGACAUUGCUGUGACCGGAAGUAGCCCUAAAGAUGCCGCAUACGGCGAAACCUCAAAGACUAAGCCGUUCGGUGAAGAAAUCAACAAGAGAGCUCGUUUGUCCGAAAACGAAUCUCCUUUCUUGAGCAACUACGAGACUGGAGAGAACAACGAGAACAAGGGCAAAGCUACAGACAGCUCUACUCCUUCAACCGCAACCACCAGUACAGCCAAACCUGCCGAAUCACCGUUUGCCCAGUUCGAUCUCGAAGAGCAUAAGCUACAGCAGCCUCCUCCUCUUCGUGCACCCCUGUUUGGUCAGACCCCUCCUACUGGAGAAGCAUCGGCAUCGGCGCAACUGUCACUUCCUACGGUCUCCGCCUUUGCUCGAAGAAUUCCUCUUGGAGCAUUUCCCCCAGCUGCAUCAUUCGCUCCAGCUAGCGCAUUUCUCUCCGUCCAGCCAUCUUCUUUGACUGCACCAUUCGCUGCAUUAAACAUGCAGGCUUCUACACUCGCUUCUUCUCCAGGUUCACUGUUCGACUCUCCCCCCGUUGCUUCUACCACUCCUGCAGGACCAGCAGCAGCAGCAGCAGCAGCACCACACUCGACUCCAUCGAUACACUCGCAAAACUCAACGUACAUGUUUGAUUCCCUUACUCCGGGAGCUAGAUUUGCUCCGCCUCUUCCAACAGCAAACGAGCCCGAGCUCGAGCUGGAGCUGUCCGGUGAGCCAGAGGAAACCGAGCUAUUCGGCGCGGAAGCUUUUCUAGAGCGACAGGCACCGAAGGGUGAGGAUGAGGAAGUUCCCGGUGCGAAAGCUUUUGCAGAGCGUCAUCAGCAAAAGAAGGGUGGAGAUGAGAAGCCUGCUGGCGAGGGACUGUUUGGUACAACAGCCUUUUUGGAGCGACAGGCACGGAAAGGUCAGGAUGAGAAAGUUUUUGGCGAGCAGGCUUUUGCACAGAGGCAGGAGAGCAGGGGCUAA